AUGCUGCAGUGUGGAGUGGAAUGAUGGAAUUUACCAGGGGAAGAAAAAGGAGAAAUGGAAAGAAACUAAGUAUUAAGAAAUUAUGUGGGAAAAACAAAACAAAACAAAACAAAACAAAACAAAAGGCAUAAAUAAAACAAAACCAAAAAAAAUUGUAAGUGAAGCAGAGGUACAGAAAAUGUUUAGUCCUGCACAAAUUUUCAAAUACUUGUCUUCUGCUGUGCUCUGAAAGAGUUAAUCCUGGUGUCAGCCAGGAACCCAACUAAUGAUUCCUCUGCUCUUACAUCAGCAGCAGAUCAAGAUCAAAUUUAACAUUGUUAAAAUGCAGGGAAUAGCCAUAAAAUGAAUCCUUAAUGAAAGGAGCAAUGGGUCAAAAGGGCACAUUUGCUAUUCAAUAAUCCAGUAAAACUUUUCGAUCUGCUGAAUGAAAUACCUCUGUGCAAUGCUGGAAAUAAAUGGGUUGGGUCCUUCUGAUGCAGUUUAUGUGUGGGAUAAUUUCAGCAGGUCUGAAAGUCAUCACAAGAGACUUGCUUCUGCCUUUUAGUAUGAUUGUUGUGGUACCUUCCAUGUCUUUCACAUUUUAAAUGAUUGCUCAGUGAUUCCCAGGCUCCACAUUUCGAAUGUGCCUCAAAGGCACCAACCCUUGGUCCCUCACGCACUGCUGCUAUUUUGGAGGCAGUCUGCGCUUAUUGGAACAAUCAUUUUUUUUCCUUGAGAGGUCAAGCUAAAGGGUCAAACAGAGAAAAGAGAUACACAUACAAAUAGCAGAUUCGAGGAGCUCCUUGCCAGAGGAUGUCAGGGAUGUGAAAGGUUUACAUGGCUUCAAGGAGGGGACUGGGCAGGUACUCAGAAGUGAGAGCUAACGAGAGGCUCUGGGCAGAGAAAUCACACAACCAAGCUGGCAAAAAUCCCAUAAAUUAGCCCUCAGACCUUGCACCUCUUCAAUUCCAAACAGCUGAACGGUUUCUGAAUUUUAGAAAAUUGUAUCUACAGACUUGGGAACUUUUCUCUUUUACAGAAAUUCAGGAAGGAAUCAAGCAUUCAUACAGAGCUAAAUGAUCUAUUUUGGUAAAGCUGUGGUGCUUGCAGGAGACACUUAUUUUUUGGCUCAGAAAGUGUGUUUGCAGGAUGCUUGUCAUUCAUGAAGAAAUAAGAUUUUAUAGAAGUUUAUGCCCCAUAGGAAAUAAAUACGGAAUAACAUGCUGUACAGAAAUAUUCCCAAAACAAGGCUCUCUAAGAAUAUAGGAUCAAAUUCCAGCAUACUUGGGAAGUGAGAAAAUAUUUUUGUGUCAAUAAGAAUUGCAAUUAAAAUCUUUAGUCAGAUGUCAGGAGAAAAACAAUUGUAGUGGUUAACAAAAGGCUGAAGCCUUAUAAUUCCACAGAAAUGGCUACAGAAACCAUUUGGCUUUCUACUGAUCAAACUCUGUCUCCAAGUACUUGCUGCCACAGACAACAGAAAAUAAAAAUCAGCAGAGAUUUGAACAACAAAAUCAUGCCAGAAUCUUUUGUUUUGCUGUAUUUUGCUUGUGGCUCAUAACUAGGAUGCAGCACCAUUAUAAUUUUGUAAAAGCUUUUUGGACUGAGUUUUGGGGGUGUUUCUGGUCUGCUUCCCCACCCUCUGCCAUAAACAAAUAACCUGCAUCUGGUUUUGUAUCCCGCAUUUCAGACUCGCAGCUCCCUAAUUCCCACUUUUGUGACUCUGUGCGUGCAUCAGCCCCGGGAGCUGAUGCAAGUGGCUGGAACCUCUUUCCGUACACUAUAAUCUAACGCACUUAGCGAGCCAAUGAAUAUGUGGCAAAGGAGGGGCUUUCUGGCUGAGGGGCUCUGGCAGGGGAACAGCUGUUGAGCAGCAAAACCUUACCCAGAGCCAGGCAAACACUCGUUCACAUCCUCCGUGGCUCUGUGCUGCCAGGGGUGGCAAGGCAGCUACCCCCCUCCUCCUGUCUCUGCAAAAAGUGAGCAAACUUGCACAGAGAAACAGAAAGGACAGCAAACCUCAGCUGUGAGGCAUUUCAGCACAUCCAGCGAUGGCCUGGGUCAGUAAUUUCUCCUGGUUAAACCACCUUGUUCUACAUGAAGAACGCCUCAGGGGGUACUUAAACAGCACUGAGGAUUAUUUAACCUUCCUGUGCGGGCCCAGACGGAGCCACCUGUUCCUGCCCAUGGCUUUGGUGUACUCGGUGAUCUUCAUCGUGGGGGUGGUGGGCAACUUCUUGGUUUGCCUCGUCAUCCUCAAGCACCGCAACAUGAAGACGCCGACCAACUACUACCUGUUCAGCCUGGCGGUCUCGGACCUGCUGGUGCUGCUUUUCGGGAUGCCCUUGGAAGUGUACGAGAUGUGGAGCAACUACCCCUUCCUGCUGGGGCCCGUGGGCUGCUACCUGAAGACGGCCCUGCUGGAGACCGUGUGCCUGGCCUCCAUCCUGAGCGUGACGGCGCUGAGCGUGGAGCGCUACGUGGCCGUGCUGCACCCGCUGCGCGCCAAGCUGGCCGCCACGCGCCGCCGCGCCCGCGCCACCAUCCUGGGCCUGUGGCUGCUCUCGGUGCUCUGCGCCCUGCCCAACACAGGCACCCACGGCAUCGCCCUGCAGCGCUUCCCCAAUGGCACCCUGGUGCCUGGCUCCGCCACCUGCACCGUGGUGGUGCCCCUGUGGAUCUACAACUGCAUCGUGCAGGUCACCUCGCUGCUCUUCUACGUGCUGCCCAUGGGGGUGAUAAGUGUGCUGUACUAUCUGAUGGGGCUAAGAUUGAGAGGAGAUGAAUCUUUGGAAGUGGAGGAAAUGGCUGUGAAUGUUCAGAGGCCAUCCAGGAGAUCAGUCACCAAGAUGCUGUUUGUCCUUGUGAUAGUUUUUGCCAUCUGCUGGGCUCCAUUCCACAUAGACAGACUUUUCUUCAGCUUUGUGGUGGAAUGGACUGAGCCCUUGGCCAAUACCUUCAACUUAAUCCACGUGGUGUCAGGUGUUUUCUUCUACCUGAGCUCUGCCACCAACCCCAUCAUUUACAACCUGCUGUCCCAGCGCUUCAGGAUGGCUUUCCUCAGUGUGAUUGCUCCUUGCUGCAAGCACUGUGCCCCCAAACAUCCCCCCUGCAAGAUUUCAUCCCAGAAGAGCACGUUUGUGCUUGAGGAUCACAAUCUCAUGGACUCUGCAGAAAACUCAAGCCUCCCUGGCACUCACAGGACAUCUGUCAGCAGCUCUCAGCUCUCCACUGGCCUGUGACUUGCUGUGCUGUGAUCCAGGUGAGAGAGAAAAGGUUAAGAAAAUUGAUAAACUAAAGCAGAAGAAAACUUCCUAAAAGAGUGAUUUCAGCAAGAAUUGCUCAGGAGGUGUCCCACUGAAUGAAGGAAGGAGGAAGCUCUAUUUAGGCUGUGUUAGGGAAGCACUGUGCUGCCCCCAGGCUAAUGGGAGGGCUGGAAAUGAGAGUUUGCUCACUGCAAGCUGUGCCAGCAAAGCGCUGCUGUGAAAGGUGAGAGACACUCCCAACACUGCCAGCACAGGAGAGAGAAUCAGUUUAGCCAAUCUUACCAAAUGGCUUCUUGUGCAGCAACCAAAACAUCAGAUUUUACUUACUUCGAAACAGGACAAUUUUCUGCAUAAGCCUUCUCUCCCCACUUCUAGCUUUAGGCAAGCCAGUCCCACUUCCCUCUGCCACAACAUUUUGAGGUAUGGCUGUUGCAAACCUCUACUGUCAAUAUUAGCAAACAGGCAAGAAUGAGAGCAGCUCAGAGCUGGGCUGAACACCAGCUACCAGCAACAGCUAUGAACCAGGGAGCCAACAACUGUAAAAUAAAUGUAAAGCAAACUUCUGCUUUCUGAGCUUCUUAUCAUUACUUCAACUUCAGAUAUUUAUGUGAAGCCCUGUGGUUGUGCUUCAGCAGACUUCACUUCUCCCACACCAGGUGGAUUGCAGAAAUCAGAGAUCCACAUGGAUCAGCAAUCACCAGCAAAGAGUCUGGACAGAACCCAUCACAGAGGGAAUUGGGACAAACCUUACAUAUAAGGGCAAAAAAGGGGAAUUUUACAGUGAUAUUGCAUGUACUAAUUCAGUUUUUGCCACAAAGCACAAUGCAAGGUCUGAAAAACUUUCCUGCAUCCCUGUGGUGCUAACAGAUCCUGAAGGCAGUACACCCAUAUCCGAGUGACAAAUUCCUGACUGCAGGGACAGGAACAUAUAGAAUUUUGCCAAGGGAGGGUUCAUUAUGUGAUAGAGAUUUUGUAAACCCCUGUCUCACACAUUUCAAAGCCUGUUCAUUGUGUUUCAGGGAAAUGCCUCCCAUGUGCCUCCUGACACAGGGCUGGGUUUGUCCCCAGGCUGGGCUCAGACUGGCACUGCCACAGAGAAUCAUCCCAGGAGUGUCACCAGGGACUGGCAGUCACUUCCACAGCCAGGGAACACAGAGUUAUCACAGCAAAUAACAGCAUCAGCUCCUGAAGGAUGAUACACUGCAUGCAUAAAGACAUUUUCCAGUCUGGUCACAGGGGAUCCAGAUGACAUUUCCUACCAAGGAGGAAGGGAUUGUGCUCCUGAUUACCACUUUGUCUCUUUCCUUGUUUGCCCCAAAGUUUCCUGUUUGAUUCUCACUGUGGGACUCCAAGGUGGGAGACUCAUGGCAGCUGAAGAAGAAUCCCCUUUUCCUCAAGCAUAAGGGGAAUAUUUUCAGACUCUUUAUACAACCUGCAGUUUUGAGAAACAAGCCUUGGAGAGGGGAAGAGCCACACACAAGCCCUGCAGAGAAAAGGCCAUUCCUGCUCCCUCAAGACACAGCUGAAAUGCUUUGCCACCCCCAAGUGGACACUUGCAUUUUACCAGUGACAUUUCUAAGCAGAAAUUUUGCUUUAUUUUUCCCUCUGCCAGAGAUUACAGCGUGUUUUCCCUCUGGGCAGCCCAUGGCAGUGGUGCCUGGCUGCCCAGGUCCCUGUUCUCCUGCCUGUGCAUUGCUCCAAGCUCUGUGAUCCCACCUGGGCUCUGCCUGUGCUGGAUUUCCUCCCUCACCUGUGCCUCCCUUGUGCAGAUCCCUCACAGAGUCUUGGGGAUUUUCUUCCCUGUCCCAGCUGUGUGACAUCUGCCCCAGACACCAGCCAAAGGGGUGAGGAGUCAGUCACACACCCAGCCAUUCCUCUGCCAGCUUUUGUGGCUCCUUCAAUGCCUUUUAUGCACUUAGGGUGAGACAGCACCUUGUGCUGGUGCAGAGAGAGCCAUCCAUGAGUGAGAGACCCUCGAGGGAUGCCCUCUCUCCUGUCCUCAUGGGACAAUCCCAACCUUCAGCUGCAGAGCCCAGCGUUGGGAAAUGCAUCCCUUGACUUGCAGAUGAGCACAGAAACCUGCAGAGAAAUACUGUGGGGUGAAGAUUUCCUGUGAUCUUAAGCAAAGUGGCCAUGGUAUUGUCCCAAGGGAAUUCAAAAGGGUCUUGUGAGGAAGGGCAAGCAGAGGUGGGAGGAAAGUGCAUGGAUGGAAUAAUUUUCAAAGAGAAGUAGUGAGAAGCAAAUCAUCAUGAAAUCACCUGAAUUAACUUAUUUUCUUGUCCUAAAAUCAGCUUUUAUCACAUUUGAUUUAUCACAUUUAAUUUGUUGUCAGCCAAAAGCGGUGAUAUGCAAAAGCAAAAACAACUAAUCUUUUUUGGCCAGAUAUCAAAAUCAAAGCUGAAAACAUUUAGUCUUGCACGAAACCAAACCUUCUGUGAAAGUCUUAUUGGGAGGGACAUGUCAAAACUCCUCUGAAUUCUGCUGAAAAAUAAAAUAAAUGCAGUGAAAAAAUGCAGACUAACUGCAGAUUUCAAGUUAAGUUCCCUAUGACUGCACAGCUUGGUACCCCUCACUCCUGAGGGAGGAUCUCUAGAAAAUAUUUAAUUCACUUUUUCCCUCAAUGUAGUCAAUGCCCACUGGAGGCUUUUCUCCCCAAAAGGUCAGUGCUGGAGUUAUUUAUCACUCUGCUCUGAUAUUUACCUCCUGCAUUUUGAAAGCUGGAUCCAAAGAUGAAAAAACCAGGAAGAUGGAUAGAGAUGUCAUGAAAGCUGAUGCUGUUCCUUUAUUUAUACAUUAAGGAGCUUUCAUAGCCAACUGCUGAAAAAUGUUGGCAACUGGCCGAGAAAAACUCCUGUUGCACAAAAUGGAGAACAACUCUCCUUCCCCCAGAGUGGUCUGGUGUGAUAAAACUGUAUUUAUUUGAAAUCAAGCGUGACUUUGGAGACAGAAACUGUCUAUUGAUUUAUUUCUCUGCUUCUGUUUCCCUCUGGGAAAUGUGCAAAUGUGUGAGCAGAAAGUGUGGAGAGCAGGGCAGUGCUCCAGCACUGUCAACAAAACGUGGAGAGUCUGAAAUGUGCUACAAGGAAGACUCAAAGGGGAGAAGAAUUGUGGUUGUUGCCAGUGAGUAAUGCUCAGAUCUAACACCAGGUUCAGUUGGAAAAACCACCCUGAACAGCAAAAGAUGGUUCAGUUCAGUUUAUAUGAAAAGUUUUUGAACACCACUGUGUUUUGAAGUGUUUAAACCACAGCUUAUCAGUAAAACUCAAUGUACAUUCCAGUUGCAGAGAUGGUUAUCUGUAUCUGUAACAUGAAAAUAAAUAUACUAAACUCUGUC